CGAUUUUUCGGAUUUUAUUUUGAUUUUCUGGGUUACUUUUCAGUUAAAAUAAUCGGUUUUUUUUUAAACCGCUCCCUCGAAAGACAUGGUUUUCUCUCUAGAAAGUAGGGUUUAUCUGCCGUUGCUUUCGACUUCGUUGCCUCGAUUUCUGACUGAUUUCCUACCAUGGCUGAUGACGAUAUUCUUGAACGAUACGCGAAUCUGAAAUUGGAUGAUGAAGACGGGGGUGUGGUGGACCUGGGAGGUGUUGACAUAAUGCCUUCGAAGGAAAAAUUUCAUCUUCUCUUGAUUGGAAGGUUAGUAACUGAUCGACCUUAUAAUGUUGAAGCAUUUAAGAAUACUAUGACAACAACUUGGUGUUUACGUAAUAAAUUAAUAAUUAGGGUUCUUGGUCCUAAUCUCUAUGCAUUUCAAUUUUUUCAUUGGAGGGAUAAGGAGAGGGUGCUUAAUGGUAGGCCUUGGUGUUUUGAUAAUAAACUAAUUGUUAUGAAGGAGGUGGAGGGAGAUGAGCAGCCUGAUCAAGUCUCCCUUUACCAUUCUCCGUUUUGGGUCCGAAUUAAAAAUCUCCCCUUCAAUUGUAGAACUGACGAUGAUGUAAAAGAGAUAGUAGCUAAUUGGGGGGAGGUGAUGGAAGUGGAAGAGGAUAUAUUAGGUCUUGACCGUUUUCGCAGAGUUAAGUUGAUGAUCAAUAUAACCAAACCUUUGCGUCGCUUUCAGCGCAUUCUUGAUAAAGGUAGGAAGACAGUAUGUGUGGAGUUUGCUUUCGAGAGGCUCCCGUUUUUCUGUUUUGCGUGCGGAGUGAUAGGCCACUCAGAAAAAGAUUGUGAUAUGGUGUCGGAAGAUAGUAAAAAAGCAAAGUUGGGACGGGGAAGAUGGCUACGAGCAUCUCCUAGAAAGGGGAGGCUAAAAGAUGUUGAGAAACUUGAUGCUGUGAUUUCUGCCCGCAAGCAAUUAUUCGUAACAAAGGAUAUGGAGAAAGUGGAGGUUGUUAGUGAUGAGUCGGAGGAAGAGCUUAAUAUGGAUAAGGGAACACUGCAAUUAGGGAAUACUUCUAUUAAUUCUAGUGACUUGAAUUUGAUAGUGGAGGGUAAUGAUGCUGGGGAAAAUAUAGGGGAGGUGGAUACGGGGGAUAUGAGUGGAGGGGGCAGUGGUGAGGUGAGUAAAUUGAGUGGUACUAUUGGUGAAUGCAAAAAGGGGAAUAAAAAAUGGAGGAAAAAGGUGAGACAGGGGGAUAGUAAUGAUGUUCAUAUGAGUGGGGUGCAGUCUGAUGCUCUAGGCAAGAGGGUAAGAGAGGUGGAUAAGGUGGGUGAAGAGAAGGGGUUUAAUUCUAAUAGUGAUGAUAUGACUGAUGACGAUAUUUCUGGUUGGCGAGUGGCGGAGGCUGUUUUUAAGCAGCCCCGCCUAGCUCAAUGA